CUACGGGUUGGUAACACUGAAAAGUUUCACAAUUAAUGUUGAAAGCGCUAUGUGAUAUACUCAAAAUGGAUAAAAAUCCUGAAAACAAGGACUCGUUGGUUUCAGAUGAUACUUCCAACGAGUACAGUAUAGAGAAAUCUCCUUUGUUAAAUGUUGAAAAGAGAUUACCUUUAGAGUGUUACCAGAAAAGUUCAUGUUACUUGUAUUUUCUGACUAUAUUCACAGCCAUUGGAGGUUUUUUAUUUGGAUAUGAUACUGGCGUUAUAUCUGGAGCAAUGAUUCCUUUAAAAAAACAAUUUGAUUUGACUAACUUAAUGCAAGAAGCCAUUGUAAGUAUGGCUCUUGUAGGUGCUAUAAUUGGUUCUCUUGUAUCAGGGAUAUUAAACAACUAUUAUGGGCGUAGACCUUCAAUGAUUACUGGUGGAUUUCUUUUCACUAUAGGUUCAGUUUGUAUGGGAGUAGCAAAUGGCCCUGUUUUAAUAUUAGUAGGACGACUGUUUGUUGGAUUCGGAAUAGGAUUGGUAAGCAUGGCUGUUCCACUUUAUAUUGCUGAAGCAGCUCCUUCUAAUAUGAGAGGAAAACUGGUUACAAUCAAUGUGUUAUUUAUAACAUUUGGUCAAUUUUUUGCUUCAUUACUUAAUGGGGCUUUCAGUCAUAUCAAAAAAGACAGUUGGAGAUAUAUGCUUGGAGCUGCUGCAUUUCCUUCAUUUGUACUUUUUGUUGGUUUUUUUUGGAUGCCAGAAAGUCCACGCUGGCUUCUUAAUGAAGGUUUUGCUGAAAAGGCUCGCAAGGUUUUAAUCAGACUGCGUGGAACUAAUAAUGUUGACGAAGAAUUCAAUCAAUUAGCUGAAAUGUUGCAAGCAACACAGAAAAAAAAUGGAAGUAUAAAAGAUAUACUAAGACUAAAACAUACGCGAAGAGCUCUAGCAAUAGGAUGCGCUUUGCAAGCAUUUCAACAGCUUUGUGGAAUAAAUACUGUCAUGUACUACAGCGCUACUAUCAUUGAAUUGGCUGGUGUAGAAGAUGAACACACAAUAAUAUGGUUAGCAGCUGUAGUCGCUGCUGGAAAUUUUGUAUUUACAAUUUUGAGCAUUAUGCUUAUUGAACAUGUUGGGCGACGAAAGUUAACACUAGUUAGUAUAUUUGGUGUAUCUGCUGCACUUCUUUUGCUUGCUUUCAUGUUUUGGAAACUGGAACAUGAAUCAUGGAAGAUAACUUACAUGGUUCAACCACUUGAUGAAAUAUGCAGUACUCAAAAAACAUGCCAAUCUUGUUUAAAUGAUGAAAAGUGUGGUUUUUGUUACAUUGCUGAUGGGAAUCAAGUUUUGCAUGCUUCAUGUUUACCAUUUGGAAAUAAUAAAGGCGUUUCACCACUCUGCGAUCAAAAAUACUAUUCUAAUGUUACUUCUAGUGUCCCUAAGUGGAGUGGCAUUUGUCCAACGGCAUAUCCGUGGUUUCCAGUACUAGCUAUGACAUUUUACUUAGCUAUGUUUGCACCAGGCAUGGGUUCUAUGCCUUGGUGUAUUAAUGCAGAGAUUUAUCCAAUAUGGGCACGUAGCACUGGAAAUUCAAUAUCUACUGCUACAAAUUGGGUUUUGAAUUUGCUAGUAUCGCUAACUUUUUUAAAUCUUAUGGACUGGUUGACUAGAUUUGGUGCUUUUUUAUUUUAUUCCUCUGUAGCAUUUGUUGGAUUUUGGGUAUUUUAUUUAUUUUUACCGGAGACAAAGAGCAGAAACUUAGAAGAUAUCGAUAGUUUGUUUAAAGGAUCGUUGUUUAUUCCAUGCAAAAAGAAAAUUUAAAGUUUUAAGAUUUUCGAUCUUUACUAUUUAUUUUUUUUACACAUUUAUAAAUUAUUAUAUAUUGAGAUAUUUGUAAAAAUUAUAUUUUUUUAAAA